CGGAGUGUAGCUUGGUAAUCUUCAGACUUCAGCUCUGACUUCCAUUCCAAUACUGAGUGAGCAAGCGAGCCACAGAACGAUCUGCCCAUCGAGUCAACUUGUCCAGAGAAAGAGCGAGUCAGAAUGUUUCUGCGGAGGGUGGCUCGGCCGUUAAUGAUGAUGGCGAAGGUGAAGGAGACGACGGGGAUCGUAGGGCUAGAUGUUGUGCCAAAUGCUAGGGAGGUUUUAAUCAGUCUGUAUAGCAAAACCCUAGAGGAGAUCAAGGCCGUCCCCGAGGAUGAAGGAUAUCGUAAGGCUGUGGAAAGCUUCACCCGCCACCGGCUCAAGGUGUGCCGGGAGGAAGAGGACUGGGAAUCGAUCGAGAAGCGUCUGGGUUGCGGCCAGGUCGAAGAGCUUAUUGAAGAGGCUAAGGAUGAACUCAAGCUCAUCGGCCACAUGAUCGAGUGGAAACCAUGGGGUAUCCCAGAUGAUUAUGAAUGUGAAGUUAUCGAAAAUGAUGCUCCAGUUCCAAAGCAUAUACCCUUGCAUCGACCUGGACCUCUUCCUGAAGAGUUUUAUAGGACGCUUGAGGCCGUUUCUACCAACACUUUGGAAGAUGCUGUUUCACGCUCAGAGAAAGAUGAGCCUGCAAUUGCAUCUGGCGAGCAGCAAUCUAAGUAGCACUCCACAGCUUCUUCUUUUGGCUUGUUCUUCUUUUUGCCGAGCCACAUCAAGUUUAUUACUGAUUGGUGCCCUCUUUUUUUUUGUAAUUUCACAAAAACAGUUCUGUUCGGAUCGGAUCGGAGUUUAUCUGUGGGAUUAAAGAUUGAACCACUAGUUAAUAAUCGGAAGUUGAGUGGCUUUUACCAAAUUUGACCGCAGCUAUCCGCAUUCUGGUUUAACUAAACAACUUAGGGUAGUAUGCCCAUUUCACCCAUGUCCCAAGGCGCCAUUAUUUCUUAUUGUUUCUCAUUUGAGUUCUUGCUGUUGGUUGGCUAUCAUGUAGUUAAACUGUUGCUGUCAGCUUAAUUGAUCCUUCCCUUGAAUCACUAUGAAGUUGAGGGGGUUCCUUGUUAAUAUACGUAUUAUAUUUA